AUGUUGCAAGGUGGCCCGAUGAAGAUUGUGUGGAAUUAGAGAAAGUUUUACGUCCUUUGAUCCCAUUUAUUAGAUGGUGUAAUAUGUCUCCCGUUGAUUUUGAAAGACAAGUUCAUUCUUAUAAAAGAGUUUUACCCGCAACUUUACACAAGCCUGGUAUUAAAGGAAAAUCAUUAUAUCUUAUAACUGAACAAAAUACUCAUCAUCAUGCAAGAAUUCAAUCUGUUCUUAUUAAGCCUCGUCAUGCGGCAAAGAUCGCAAGUUGGAUUGAUAGAUUGGAUUCCCCAGAUAAUCAAACCCCAUUUUACACACCAUCAAAUAUACCAUAUUAUUUUAAACUCGUUGCACGUGGAAGUCGUGAUCAACCGUUCCUCCAACAAACUUUAACGGAUAAUCGGGCCGUUGUAUUAAUUAAACCUGCCAAUUCCAAUGAAAUACUUGGUGGUUAUAAUCCUUUAACUUGGAGUAAAAAAUCUAUUUCUUCAAAUUCAAAUAAAGAUCAGCAAAAUGAUAUUCCUCUUAAAAAUAGUUUUAUUUUUAAUUUGAGGAAAGAUCCUGAUGAUAAAGAAGAUAUUUUAAGUAGAGUCAUUAAUCCAAUAGAUUCGAUUUAUUGUAAUGUUUAUUGUUCCCCUGUAUUUGGUAAGGGUGAUUUAUUUCCCAAAGGUCAUUUUGAAAUUGGUCAGCCUUGUGGUUGUAAACAAACUAGCUAUGAAAAACCUUUACGUGCGAAUACCGACCAAUUUCCUAUUGAAGAAUUUGAAGUUUUUCAGAUUAUUAAAAAGACAGUGCUUUGA